UUUCCUCAACCAAAGGUAAAUUUUAACCCUAAGUUUUAUUACAAACAGAAAAUCCCUUUUCAUUUUCACAUAUCUGAUCGCAAUCGCAGCUGCGAUGGGUCGAGAUGAGGUCCAAUUGAAUGCGGGGAAACGCGCUUAUCGGAGCGCGAAGGCGGAGGGGAACCGGCAGGAGGAAGCGCGGUGGGCGAAUGUAAUUGGUGACAUGUUGAAGAAUAGAGGAGAGUACGUUGAGGCUCUCAAGUGGUUUCGGAUCGACUAUGACGUUUCAAACAAGUACUUGCCUGAAAAGCACUUGUUGCCCACGUGUCAGUCUCUUGGUGAAGUCUAUUUACGCCUCGAGUACUUUAAGGACGCCUUGAUUUAUCAGAAAAAGCACUUGGAGCUUGCCAAGGAUACAGGUGAUCUUGUUGAGCAGCAAAGAGCUAGCACACAACUUGGUCGUACAUACCAUGAAAUGUUUUUAAGAACCGAAGAUGAUCACUACUCAGUUCGCAAUGCCAAAAAGUACUUCAGAUCUGCCAUGAAACUGGCUCAGAGUCUGAAGGAGAACCCACCGAGUAAUAGAUCUUCUUUCCUUAAAGAAUAUAUUGAUGCACAUAACAAUAUUGGAAUGCUUGAAAUGGACCUUGACAAUUUGGAAUCUGCCAAAAAAUUCCUUACUAGAGGAUUAGAGAUCUGUGAUGAAGAAGAGGUGAGCGAAGAUGAUGAUGGAAGAAGUAGGCUUCAUCACAACCUCGGAAGUGUUUAUAUGGAGCUCAGAAUGUGGGAUAAGUCUCGGGAACACAUUGAGAAGGACAUUAUAAUUUGUAAGAGAAUUGGACACUGCCAAGGGGAGGCAAAAGGGUAUAUUAAUCUUGGUGAGCUGCAUUACAGGGUUCAAAAGUAUGAGGAGGCCAUUCUUUGUUACCAUAAAGCACUUAAUUUGGCGAAAUCCAUGGAAGAUGAAGAUUCUUUGGCUAGCCAAAUUGACCAAAAUAUUGAAACUGUAAAGAAAGCUAUGAAAGUGAUGGAUGAGUUGAAGAAUGAAGAGCAAAAUCUGAAGAAGCUAACAAGAAAUAUGGUCAACGCAAAAGGCAUGUCUGGUGAAAGGAAGUGUCUGCUGCAGCAGAAUGCAUCCCUUGACCGUCUCAUUGAAAAAUCAAGCAUAAUCUUUGCAUGGACAAAGCAUCGUGAGUUUGCAAAAAGGAAGAAGAGAAUAACAAGUGAACUUUGUGACAAGGAAAAGCUAAGCGAUUCAUUUUUAGUUAUUGGAGAAUCAUACCGGAAGCUCAGAAAUUUCAAGAAAGCCAUUAAAUGGUACACAAAGAGUUGGGAAAUAUACAAGUCAAUUGGCAAUAUGGAGGGUCAGGCAUUAGCAAAAAUUAACAUUGGUGAUGUUUUGGACUGUGAUGGUGAUUGGGCAGGAGCACUUGAUGCAUUUGAAGAGGGCUAUAGGAUUGCUGUUGAAGCUAAUCUUCCUUCGACUCAACUUUCUGCACUAGAGAAUAUGCACUACAGUCACAUGAUAAGAUUUGACAAUAUUGAAGAGGCCAGGAGGUUGCAGCUUGCGAUUGAUAAGCUGAAAGAUACAAAAAAUACAAAUCUUGAAGCACAAGAAAUGGCAGGGGAUAUCUGCUCUGAGACUGACACAGAAGAGAAUGAUCAUUUCUCAGAUGGUAGGUCUUAUGCAAGUUGCUCUACCAAGAGGAGUAAAUCUGGUUCUUCUCAGUCAAAAACUUUAGCUGGUUUAGAAGAGCUUAAGGAUGAUGUUCCUCUAAUUUCAAUUCUUCGGUCCAGCAAAAGAUCACCCAAAAUGAAAACAGCUUAUGUACAAAAACAAAAUGCUACUGACAAGCCAACUGAAGCAUCUCCAAAAAGUUUGUCUAAAUUAACUGAUAGUCAGCAGACAGGUGUUGGUCGUAAACGUGUUCGAGUAAUUCUUUCAGACGAUGAAGGUGAAAUGCAUGCUGAGGUGGAAUCCUUGGCAGGAAGAUUUCACAAGAGUCCAGUAGAAGAUGUUGCUACUUCUGAUGAACUUAAGAGUAAGAGUAGUCUACCUAGUCCUCGUAUAUUUCAGGGUGUCACAGCAGUGGCUUCCAAAUGUGCUAACAGCUCUGGCAAUCGUAUUAAUGUUGAAGAAAGCACAUGUUCAUACAAAUAUAUGAGUCCUAAACCAGCUACUCCAAAUGCAAAUGCUAUCAGAUGCUCUGCAGAAGUUCCUUCCGAGUCUCAUUUUGCUACUAGUGUUUCCAAUGAUGAUAUUGAUGUCUCAAGGAAUAUAAUGUGUAACAACAGUCCAUCUAACUCAAAGUUGCAUAAUCCUGAUGAUGAUAACAAUGAAUGUAUAACAUUUAAAAUUGACAGUGAUUUGAUACGUUUGGAAGUUCGUUCAUUAAUUGAUGGUGACAAGUUUAACAUUGAGUCUUUGAAGGUUGAGCUGGCAUGCUUAUACUAUCUGCAGCUCCCUAUGGAGAAGAGAUCAAAAGGCCUGUUGCCCAUAAUUCAGCAUAUAAAUUGUGAUGGAAGAGCUCUAGAAUCCUUGGAAGCAUUUGAAACUCUCAAGGAUCAAAUAGGAAAAGAUUUGGUUGAAGUCCUUAUUGAUGGGUGGGUUCAAAAGCGCUUGAUGAAGCUUUACAUUGAUUGCUGCAAUGAGAUAUCCGAGACUCCCAAUAUGAAGUUGCUUAAAAAACUAUACAUUUCGGAGGUGGAGGAUGAAGUCAUAGUGUCAAAAUGUGAAUUGCAAGACAUCUCAGUAACUCCAUUGUUGAAUGCACUGCACACCCACAAAGCUGUUGCCAUGCUAGACCUUUCUCACAACUUGUUAGGAAAUGGAACAAUGGAGAAACUUCAACAUUUUUUUUCAUCUUCUGGCCAAAAAUACGGCGACUUAACAUUAGAUUUGCAUUGCAAUCGUUUUGGUCCAACUGCUUUAUUUCAGAUUUGUGAAUGUCCUGUGCUAUUCACCCGACUGGGAGUGCUUAAUCUCUCUGGAAAUCGCCUUACUGAUGCAUGUGGAUCUUACCUUUCAGCAAUCUUGAGAAAUUGCACAGCCCUGUACAGCUUGAACAUAGAAAAUUGUUCAAUCACAUCUAGAACAAUCCAAAAGGUUGCUGAUGCACUGGGUGCUGAAUCUAUAGUUGCCCAACUUUGCAUAGGAAACAACCACCCUGUAACCGCCAAUGCUAUCAUUAACUUAUUGUCCAAACUAUCUCUUUUGAAAAGUCUUUCGGAGCUGAAUCUAAGUGGUUUGAAGCUAAGCAAGUUGGUUGUCACUAGCCUUUGCCAACUUGCUAGUACCUCAUGUUUGACAAAUCUUAUGCUGGGGAGCACUGGUAUAGGAAAUGAUCAUGCACUGCAAUUAACUGAGUCAUUGGUCAGUGGGGCACAAGAACCUGUGAAAGUUGACCUAUCAUAUUGUGGAAUAACAUCAGUGUACACUGACAGACUAAAUGCUGAUGCCAGUCUAGCAAGUAGCAUUGUUGAACUAAACCUAGGAGGAAAUCCUAUUAUGCAAGAGGGUAGCAGUGCAUUAGCAUCACUGCUUAUGAAUCCUCAAUGUUGUCUUAGAGUUUUGGUACUAAACAAGUGUCAGCUGGGGCUUGCUGGAGUUCUUCAACUAAUCCAGGCACUAGCUGAGAAUAUUACUCUAGAGGAGCUCAAUCUUGCUAAUAAUGCCAAUCUGGAUAAACAAUUAGCUCUACAAUAUGAUUCCACAGAGAAUGUGAAUCUAGAAGUUUUGCAGCCUGAACUCAAUACAUCUGAACUUUCAGUCAAGGGGUUUGUGUCCAUCGAAGGAAACCCCGAUCAAGAUGGUUUAUGUCAAAUGAACACUGACUGCAAUCACCUCGAAGUUGCUGAUAGUGAAGACUUAGACGACCAGAACAGGGUAAAAAAUGCUGCAUCUGCAUUUGAUGAUGACUGUUGCACAAGCUCGUGUGAAAAGAAUUCAUCUCUGGAGUACCAAUUCAUUCAAAAAGUUUCAACUGCACUCGGCAUGGCAAAGCAGUUGCAGCAGUUGGAUCUCAGCAACAAUGGUUUGUCAACACAAGCUGCCGAAAAAUUAUAUUCCGCAUGGUCAUCCAGAAUAGAAGCUGCACCAGCCUGGAAGCACAUUAAGAAUCAGACAAUCCAUUUAUCCACAGAAGAAAACAAGUGUUGCAGAGUAAAACCCUGCUGCCGAAGGAAUUGACUUGGGUCAAUACCAGAAUCAUUCUUCAACUAAAUUUGCAACUGCAACAAGUGGCAAGAUUAUAGCAUACUAUUAUUCAAUCAACGUUUCACCAGAACCACCAUGACUGGUACAGGUAAUGCCUCUUCACCGUCUUUUGAUAUUAUAUUACUCUAUUGUUUGACUAGGGCUUUGUAUAGAAUUAGAUAGAACAUGUAGAAAAUGCUUGGCAGCUAGAUCAUGAAGAGAAAACAGGAAAAAAAAUUAUCAAACAAGCGUUUUGAUAGCAUUAUUUAUGAACAAUGAAUCUUACCAUGUUGAUCUAGUGAGUCUGUCACAAGUAUUUAUCUUAUUCUAUCCUAAAUUGUAUUGAAUUAUAAAUACCUUUCACAGACCCACAUAGAUUUAUAGAUGUAUGAACACUUAUCAUCUAUAAUCUAAUCUGCAUCUUGAUUAUUAUAAUCGGAUGAUUGACGUGAA